AUGGGGCGCAAGCGUAAACGGGCAAGAGCAUCCCCUCCAGCUGAAGAAGAAGGGAAUGGACCACCGACACCAACAUCAGCACGAAGUUGCACCACACCCUCAGCAGCCCAAGAAGCGGCGGCAGCGGCAGGUGCGGCGGCGGCGGGGGGAGCCAACCCAACCAUCAGCGAUCCCCCCACCACCACCUCGCCAACAUCGGAGCAAGACGCGCUUGUUCUCAAUCCUGCGGCCGGCAAAGGCGACGACGUCACCGAUGAAAUAACGGAAGAAGAGGACGAGGAUAGUCCAGGGAUGCCUGGGAUACCGUGGGCCUUGCCACAGCAGCAGCAGUCCAGUCACUACGACGAGCAGCAAGAUGAGGUUGAGGAGGGAGAGGAGGGAGAAGAAGAGGAGGACCAAGAGGAAAGCAGAAGAAGCAGCAGCAGCAGUGAUGACGCGUACGGAAUCGGGUCGAGUCCGUCACCGGCGACGACAUCAGACCCCAACAACCGGUGGAAACAGCAUCCCGAUCGACGACGAAAGUUGGCUAGCGGCGGCGGGCAGCGAGGCGGGACGUCAGGACGGCGUCCAGACAGAAACACAACAGCGGGGGGCAGGGGGCAAACCGGAGGGUGGGGUCAGGCGUGUGCGGGCAAUGGAGAAGCGCAAACCGACUGGGACGAAGACGAUCGUGCUGCUGUGUAUGCGGACGGAUACUACGGGCCGCGUGCAAGCCCGCCCCCGCCUUGCACCUUGUUCGAGCCCCGCAAGGGCAAGGUACACCGCGUAGCCGGCGGUGUGUCUGCAGCUGCCGACGACACACCCGGCGCGUUAGUGGUGGGCCUGGACUCCCUCGAGAAGCUAUGCUUCGUCGGCGCAGCGCUUGUGCGGUGCGGCCGCGGCCAGGCCGACCUGUCGGGCUUCACCCUGCUCCCAGAGGCGUGGGGGCCGUACGUCGAGGCGCACUCGCCACCCUGGAUGGGCUUGCUGGUGCUGCGUGCAUUGGACGCGGAAGAUCGCCCGGACGCAGCAGUAGCCCGUGGCAGCACUGCUACAGAUGACGCGGGUGCUGCUAACGACGACCAGAUGGAGAACGAGAUCGAGGAGGCGAUCGAUAGGAUCGCCGAACAUUUCCCCGUAGUGGUGGUGUUCAAGUCGCUGUCCGGUCGCAGGCCGUUGAAGUUUUUGUCGGCGCAGGCCGACGCCGACGCUCUUUAUGCGCCGAGUAUUGGCGCCGACGACAGCUCUGACCCUGUAGCCGAAAGUCAACCACCUCAAAAUAACCGUCGCUGGGGUUUGCGAACGGCGGAGGGUUGCGAGUUGGGGGGGGGGCAUCAAGAUGACACGGAAACGGUGACCACCUGCAGCCCACCUCUCGUGGCGUCAGGGUGCACCGGCGACGUCCUCGAUGGUAACUUCGCGGCCGAGCUCCGUCUCCCGGGAAUGCAGGUGGUAACGACCGAAGCAGCCGGGCUGCGCCCGCUCACCAUACCUCAAGACUGGGCGAACGCCAUCGACGCCGUGCUUGCGUCGCCACCCCGUCCAGCCGGCGGCUUUCGCAUCGACUCGGUGCUUGUCUGCGGGGCCAAGGGCGUAGGGAAGAGCACCCUAUGUCGCUUCCUCGCGAACAGAAUGCUCGGCCGGCACCGGGAAGUUGCCUACAUGGACUGCGACCUAGGACAGCCUGAAUUCACGCCUCCGGGACAAGUAUCCCUCCACCUGCUCAACACCCCAGUGGUGGGCCCGCCGCACGCCAACCUCAGGCAUCCGCACCUGGCGUACUUCAUUGGCACGACCACCUCCAAACCGGAGCCGCUACUCUACUCGGCGGCGGUUCGCGCCCUUGCCGAGCGCGCCAGCGAAGGGGUUGUGGGCGGAGCUGAGCAGCAGCAGCAGCAGGAGGCGGAACGGUCUGCGUCCUUUUUCGCGGGCGGUGCCCCCCCGCCCACCCCCCUCGUUGUCAACACGGACGGUUGGGUGAAGGGCAUGGGGGAAGACCUCCUCGGCGCGGUGAUCGACGCGGUUCGCCCCCGACACAUCGUCCAGAUCCUGGGCACGUCUACCGCGAAGUCGUUCGAGCUCGACCUCGCCCGCUUGCCCGAGGGGUGCGAGGUCCACCGCGUCGGGGCCUGGUCGCCGCCCCCGGUCCCCUCGGGAGGAACGCCGAACCCGUCUCGUCCCUCGCCUCAAGACCAGCGAACCCUCCGCCUGGUCGCGUACUUUCUCGGGCAGGGGCAGGGGGCCCGCAGUUGCGGCGAUGCUUUCCCAGGCGGGGUGUCACCGGGUUAUCUUUUGGGCGAGGCAGAGGCAGCCCCCACGGCAGCAGCCGUUGCGGGAAGGCAACAAGGAGCGGGUUCUGCGGUUUCCGGAGCCGAGGAUAGUUCUGUCGCUGGUGGGCUCGCAGAAGGCUUAGUUGACGGGGAAAAGGUUACGGGCAGCGACAGCGGGCGGUUGAGACACGCGAGCAUGCGGGGAGGGAAGAUGUACGACCUGGACCACGAGGUGGCGGUUCUGCUGGCGUCCGCGAGGCCUCGACGGGUGCCGUUUCGGGCGGUCCAGAUCAGGAUCAUGAACGGCUCAGUUUCGCCGAGCCUCGUUCUGUACGCUAUCAACGGCGCGCUUGUCGGACUUGUGGCAAUGGCUAGGCAGCCUUGGGAAGGAGGGAGAAGCGGCAGUGUUGGUGGCGGUGCCGAGCGGCCGCCGGGAGAGGGCUUGGUAUGCUUAGCCGAGACACCUUUGGCACCGUGCGUAGGUCUUGGAAUCGUGCGGUCUGUCGACGUCGAGAAGCGAGUGCUGUACGUGUUAACGCCCGAGCCACCGGAGGUGUUGAGAGAUGUAAACGUGUUGGUGAUGGGGCCGUUGCAGCUGCCGAUGGUGAUGCUCUAUGACCCGAACUGGUGCUCACACCCGUACUUCUCCUCGGAGGUAGUUGGUGGGGGGGUCAUCAAGAAGCGGAACAAUUUGUUGCGAAGAGGGGGACAGCACGCGUAG